CUGCAUUUGUAAGAGUAUUUUUGGUGCCUCCUUCUGCCAUUAAAACUACAACGAUAAAGAAGAAGAGUAUUUUGAGCCUUUCGCUUCCCCGUAGAUAAUCCGGAAGUACAGUUUGUACCAUCUUUUGCAGCGUGGCCGUUGUCUUGUUUAAUACUUUUUUGAGUAAUUUAAACUUGCAUUUGGGAACUAAGGGUGAGAAAAGAUUUACUCUGCCAUCAUGUUCCUCACCCUCUCACUGCUGCGGAAAGGUAUUCCAGGGAAGCAGUGGAUUGGAAAGUAUCGCCGGCCACGGCAGAUCACGUGGCAGAUGAAGUGCAACACCCUGAAGAACCUGGAGCGUGAAGCCGAGAACGAAUACUGGAUCAGCCGGCCGUACAUGACCCGGGAGCAGGAGCACUCCCACGCUGCAGAGCGCAGAGCCCAAGCCUGGCUCAAGAUCAAGGAGAACAAGUUUCUGAACUUUCCUCAGCACAAGCAUAUGACCGACCACCUGAGUCACCUGAGAGUUACCAAGACGUGGUCAAGUUAACACGUGGAAAAAAAGAAACACAGACUGCUUAAAAGAACCUCAUGAUAUGCAAAAAUAAAAGCUGUUUGUUGCUAAUUAGUUUAAAGCAUAUCAUCCUUUACCUUCUGAAAAUCUGCAAUGGAAAUUUCACCAAAUAUCAUCUGAAUUUAUUUCUGUUAAAAAAUGUUAUUUCUGUAUAACAGAAACUGAAUUUGAACUGCACCAUUACUGUGAUUCUCUACAUAAAGUCUACUUUACACAAUC